AUGGUGAAACAGAGGCAGUUGAUCAUAAAGGAAGAAGUUGAAGGGAUGACUCUCUCGGAUGAGGCCGUGGCUUUGAUGACCGCUGUGGUGAAUUCAACACUUACUCAAAAAUACCCUGAAUGUCCCAUGCUAUACAGACGAGUCGGUGGUAAAUGCUUAGCCUUCUUUUCCCUUGCGAAGGUUCAGUGGCCGGAAGCUCGACAGUUUUGCAAAUCCAUUUUUGGUGACUUGGUGACAUUCAAGAGCCUACAAGAAUUUGGACUUGUAAUUGACUAUCUAAAGGAAACUUUACUAACGACUGACUUCUGGAUCGGUGGGAGGUAUGAUAUGGACGUCAAUGCUUGGGCAUGGGCCAGUGACGACUCUCCUAUGCCUUUGGGAUCUCCCUAUUGGGCUGAGAAGUACAGCAGCUCCUGUGUGCCUCGGUCGCCUCCUCACACAGACCCCUUCAGCAACCCUCCAACUGCCCUCCCUGAAGCCCCGUGUUACAACUACAUUCAGGCACCCAAGCAACGCAGCCAGGGAUGGUGCAGUGCUAUAACCUAUGAGCACUUCUACUUCAUCUCGGACGACGAAUGC